AUGCCUUCUACCAGUUUCAAGUUGACCAAGAUGAGCCGUCGAAUGGAAGACCGUCAAGAAUCCCCCCGUCCCACCAAGCGCCGCAACAGUGGUCCUUGUGCCACAGCUUCAGGUUUGGUUGCCCUCACUCCUCGUCAGACACCUCUGCUGCCUGAUACCCUCAAGAGAGCUUUCUUGCCCCCCAAGACUCCCUUGGCGCCCCGUCCUUCCUUGGCGCCCAAGACUGCGUUGCUCGCUCCCUUUCUUUUGACCCCCAAGCCGGAAAUCUUUGUCCCCUCCUUUGAUGACCUAGACGAACCUACUCUUGUUCCUAGUAGUGAACCUGGCAGCGGUACUGGUACUUCUCUGCCUCCUCUUCUCAUGGCUGCGGCAGGACGUCUCAGGCCUCGUCGUUUGGCGCCCAAGCUUGCUCCCAAGAAAAUCAAGGCGCCCGCUCUUCUCGACAGCAAGAAGAAAGCAAGUCCCAUCAUGGCUCGCUUGGAAGCCAUUGCCAGUGUCAAGAAUCUCGAAGCUUCCAAGGCCGUACCCGCACCCGCCACACUCAAGCAGUCCCGGUCUUGCAGUGCGCUCAGUGCCCGCCCUUUUCAUGCGCUCUGUGCCUAA